AUGGCCCUCCUCCAACGAGCCCGCAAUAUCGCAAAAGAACACGACGCCCUCGCCGCGGCCCUCGAAGCAGACUACGACUCCAAAACGGCUCGCCGCGUAGGCGAGCUAUCGAGCGUCGUCACCGCCCUCCGAGAAUGGGAAAAGGCACAAUCCUCCAUCGCCGAGCUCGACGGCCUCCUCUUUUCCAAGGAUAAAGAGCUCCGCGAAAUGGCCGCCGAGGAACUCCACGCCACAAACGGCCAGCUCAGCUCCCUCUCGCGCAAGCUCUCCGCCUCGCUCACCCCCAAGGACCCCUACGCGCACAUGCCCUGCCUCCUCGAGCUCCGCCCCGGUCCCGGCGGUCUCGAGGGCCGCUUCUUCGCCGACACGCUGUUCAAGAUGUACAAGGGCUACUGCGCGCGAAAGGGCCUGCGCGCGAACGUCAUCAAAUACGACAUGGCCGACGCGGCGGGCGACUCCUCCUCCGCGGCGGGCGAGAGCCCCCUCCAGGAAGCCGUCAUCGAGGUCCAGGACCCGGGCGCGUACGACCUCUUCCGCGGCGAGGCGGGCAUGCACCGCGUACAGCGGAUUCCGGCGACGGAGAGCAAAGGCCGCGUGCACACGAGCGCCGUGGCGGUCUGGGUUCUCCCUUCGUUCCAGGGUGAUAACGGCGGUGACAUGGAGGACAUCAACAACCCGGAGAGCGAUUUUUAUAUCGACCCGUCCGAGGUCAAGAUCGAGACGAUGCGGGCGCGCGGCGCGGGCGGUCAGCACGUCAACAAGACCGAGUCUGCGAUCCGCAUGACGCAUAUCCCCACGGGCACCGUCGUGAGCAUGCAGGACUCGCGGUCGCAGUCGCGGAACCGGGACGACGCGUGGAAGCUGAUCCGGUCGCGGGUGGCGCUGCAGCGGCGCGAGGCGCGCGAGGAGGCCGCUGCGCAGCUGAGGAACUCUGUGCUGUCCAAACACAAGAUUACGCGCGGGGACAAGAUCAGGACGUACAACUACAACCAGGACCGCGUGACGGAUCACCGGGCGGGGAUCGACGUGCAUAACCUGCCCGAUGUGAUUGCCGGGGGCGAGUCGCUGGAUAAGAUUGUGGACGAGGUCAGGGAUUGGCUUGUAUCUGGGGAUAUUGAGGCCAUGAUGGCUGAUGAGGAGGCUGCCAACGCUGAAGCGAAGAAGGCGCAAAAGUGA